GGGAACCGAGUGUUACCCGCUCGCGGUCCGCGCCGGGGCGCCAUGGCACCGCGCGGGAAGAAGCGCAAAGCCGAGGCGCCAGCGGCGCCGGUGGCAACGGCCGAGAAGCGGGAGAAAGUGGGCAGCGAGCUGCCCGAGGUGGAAGAGACGGUGGUCGUCAUCGAGCACUGCACCAGCUGACGCGUCUACGGGCGCAACGCCGCGGCCGUGAGCCAGGCGCUGCGCCAGGAGGCCCCCGAGCUGCCCGUGAAGGUGAACCCCACCAAGCCCCGGCGGGGCAGCUUCGAGGUGACGCUGCUGCGCCCGGACGGCAGCCGCGCGGAGCUCUGGACUGGGAUUAAGAAGGGUCCCCCGCGCAAACUCAAGUUCCCGGAGCCGCAGGAGCUGGUGGUGGAGCUGAAGAAGCACCUCCCGUAGGACCGUCCUCGCGCUGAGCUUUCUGUUCCUGGUGAUGUUGGAGCAUUGAUGAUGGAACAUGACCAAACAUUAGUCAUGUUCCUGAAGCCAAGUUUUCUUUCUCUCCAGAAAUGACAGUUCAGGAACCCCCCCGAGUAAGGCACUGAAAAAGUCUUGGAUUUGGUUUGCUUAAUAAAAAUUCAAAUAAAGCGCCUGAAUAGUAAAAUAAAA